UGAAGGAGUCGUAGUGACUUUUAUCUUAGCAGUAGUCACGGGUGCGCGCGCUGCGAUUUCCCUCGAGCGCAUCCGGCAUCAUGUCGGCAUCUGAGCGCGCACUCGAGACCCCAUCAGAAGGGAGCUCUCCUCAAUCCAAACAGGAAGUGGAGCUGAUUUCGCCUGUAAAGGGAAAACAGAUGGAAGACGUGACGGGACGUCCCACCACAUCCACUAAAUCACUCCUAGGUGAGUCAAGCACAGGUAGUGCUGGUAAAAGUGCCUCUCCUUCCACCUCGUCUCUCUCGUCUCCGUCAUCUGCGUCCGGCAGAGCUAAAAUGAGCGUCUGUGGUCCGAGCAGUAAGACGACUCCGUCUUCCUCCUCAUCUUCAUCACUCUCCUCGUCCUCAUCCUCCUCAUCUGUGCCUUCAGCCGGUCCUCCUGCUAAAGUCCACCGCGCACGCAAGACCAUGAACAGACCGCCGUUCCCACAGAUGAAGUCUGUGGAGUCGAUUGCAGCAGCUACACCUGAGAAACCCGUCAGCAGCGUGAAAACAGACGCUGAUGCAGUAAUGAAGAAGCGUAAAGUGGGGUUGGACUCUGAUGCUGCAGUCAGUCCUGCAGGAACUCCAGAGAAAGUCCCAAAGCCACAGACAGAGCCUGCACUUAACGUGUCUCCAGCAGCGGGGAAGGUGGAGGCAGUUGCCACGGCGACUAAAGAGCAUCACAGUGGUUGGCUGGAGGAUCUGGAUGAGGAGGCAGAUGAGGAAGAUUUCCACCUGCUCUACAACAGUUACUCUGGAGACGAUCUGAUCUACUCUGACAGCAAGUCAGAUGAUGGGAUGGUAGAGACGCUGGAGGCGGAGCAUCUGUCUGAUAAUAGCUCUGGCUCCGAUCGGCCUCUCACAUCUUAUAAGAAAACAUCCGCAGAGAGAGACGAGCCACAAUGGAAACUUCAGGGGAAGGGUAAAGGGAGAGACAGACCCCCGGUUGGAGGACAGGAGGCAGAUAAAGGUGUGGACUCCAGAGCCGCAGUCACAGUGGGCAGCACUGACUACACUGAGGUUCCUCUGGACUCACUGGACAUCUCUGCAGCGGACAGCCUCUCUCUGUCUCCACACGCAGAUGGCAGUGAUGCAGAAACCGAGCGUCUGGAGGAGCUUCCUCUGUGCAGCUGCAGGAUGGAGGCGCCGCGUGUGGAUGGAUUCAGCGCUCGCUCCAGCAGAACCUGCAUGGCCAUCGAGAGCAUCAACGGAGAGCUGGUGGGCUGCACCAAUGUGAUCGUGAAGGGGGAGACUAUGCGUCCAUCCAGCCGUGUGUCUCUAAUGGUGUUGUGUGAGACGCACCGUUCACACAUGGUGAAACAUCACUGCUGUCCGGGCUGUGGAUACUUCUGCCUCUCUGGAACAUUUCUUGAGUGUUGUCCAGACGUUCACAUUGCUCACCGCUUCCACCGGGGCUGUGUGUCUGUGCUGGGCGGUGGGCGGAGCCGAGGAGGAGUGGGCGUCGGCCUGCUGUUCUGCCCUCACUGUGGGGAGGACGCAUCAGAGGCACGUGAAGUCACCAUCCCUCCUGCAGGGCCCUCUUCAGGCUCGAAUGUGGUCACUGCAAGUGCAUCGUCCACCACAACCACACCCUCACUUCUUCCCUCCGCGCUCGCGGCCACAUCACGAGCGCUAAACCACGAGAAGAAGAUGGGAGAGCCGAUCAAUGCAAGGAUGCGAUGUCGUGGAGAUGUAAGAAAGGGGGCGGAGUUACAAACUCAGCCAGCCAAUGCCACUCCAGGAGAGGAUGUGGUUGCCCUUGGCGAUGGUGGGGUGGACAGUGUUGGACCGUCGCUCGUCCUGCCCAAUGGGAAGCCAGUCUGUCCAAGUGCUAUUCCACCAGGGGACAGGAGGGCGGCGCUACAGAGAGCCAUUCUCACACAGGACACUGAGAGGAGGAAGAAGCUGCGCUUUCAUCCCCGUCAGCUGUAUCCUGCAGCCAAACAGGGUGAAGCUCAGCGAGUUCUGCUCAUGCUCAGUACGUACCUGUGUGUGCUCGAGUGUGUGUGUCACACAUCUGUUGAAGGUUUGAGCAUCAGAGCUGAUAUUCUCUGUCUGUGUGUGUGUGUGUCAGUGGAGGGCAUCGACCCGUCGUAUCAGUCAGACUCUCAGAACAGACGCUGUGCUCUUCACGCAGCCGCUCAGAGGGGUCUGCUGGAGGUCUGUUACCUGCUCAUACAGGCAGGCGCUAAGGUGGACGCCCAAGAUAAGACCCUGAGGACCCCUCUGUUAGAGGCAAUAGUGAACAAUCAUGUGGAGGUGGUGAAAUACCUGAUCCAGAGCGGAGCCUGCGUCUAUCACGCAGAAGAGGACGGAUCUACAGGUCUUCAUCACGCUGCUAAACUGGGGAACCUGGAGGUGCUGAUGCUGUUACUGAGCACCGGACAGGUGGACCUAAACGCCCAGGAUAGCGGCGGCUGGACGCCCAUCAUCUGGGCAGCAGAACAUCGACAUAUAGAUGUGAUCAGAGCUCUGCUCAACAGAGGAGCUGACGUCACGCUCAGAGACAAAGAGAUGAACGUUUGUCUGCACUGGGCGUCGUUCGCAGGCAGCGCUGAGAUAGCGGAGCUGGUCCUGAACGCCGGCUGUCCUCUGUCGUCUGUGAAUCUUCACGGAGACACACCGCUGCACAUCGCGGCUCGCGAGGGCUUCAUCGACUGCGUCACGCUGUUUCUAUCUCGAGGCGCUGACAUCGACAUUAUGAACAAGGAGGGCGACACGCCGCUGUCUCUCGCCCGCUGUGACACGCCCGUCUGGGUGGCGCUUCAGAUUAACAGGAAGUUACGUAGAGGAAUCUCCAACCGUGUGGUACGGACAGAGAGGAUCAUAUGCAGUGAUGUGGCUCAGGGUUACGAGAACGUUCCCAUCCCGUGUGUUAACGGUGUGGAUGAUGAAGGCUGUCCAUCUGACUACAAAUACAUCGCAGAGAACUGUGAAACAUCCACCAUGAACAUUGACCGCAACAUCACACACCUGCAGCACUGCAGCUGUACAGACGACUGUUCCUCCAGUAACUGUCUCUGUGGACAGCUCAGCAUCCGCUGCUGGUACGACAAGGAUCAUCGCCUCCUUCAGGAGUUUAAUAAAAUCGAGCCCCCUCUGAUCUUCGAGUGCAACAUGGCCUGCUCCUGCCAUAAAACCUGCAAGAACCGAGUGGUUCAGGCUGGAAUCAAGGUGCGUCUGCAGCUCUACCGGACGGAGAAGAUGGGAUGGGGCGUCAGAGCGCUUCAGGACAUUCCUCAAGGAAGUUUCAUCUGCGAGUAUGUUGGCGAGCUGAUCUCUGACGCAGAAGCAGACGUGAGAGAGGACGAUUCAUACCUCUUUGAUCUGGACAACAAGGAUGGUGAAGUGUACUGUAUCGACGCCCGUUAUUACGGUAACAUCAGCCGCUUUAUAAACCAUCUGUGUGACCCCAACAUCAUCCCGGUGCGUGUGUUCAUGCUGCACCAGGACCUGCGCUUCCCUCGCAUCGCCUUCUUCAGCUCCAGAGACAUCUUCACCGGGCAGGAGCUCGGGUUUGAUUACGGCGAUCGUUUCUGGGAUAUCAAGAGCAAGUACUUCACCUGUCAGUGCGGCUCAGAGAAGUGCAAACAUUCGGCGGAGGCCAUCGCGCUGGAGCAGAGCCGGCUGGCUCGUCUGGACGUCUGUCCCGAAGCGGCCGGUGACGCCGGACUCACUGUGAUGGGACACUCGUGAAGAGACCCUGUGUCUAAUGCACACAUGAUCAGCUCUCAGACGUGUGUUUGUGUAUGAUUAUCACACUGAAGCUUGUGUUUGCAUUAUCAAAUGAUUCAUUUCUUCCCUCGGCCAGGACACAGGAAGUUAUAAAAUGACACCGUGGCCUAAAGUUCAGCACACGCAAAUGCGGUUUCAAAAUACCAGCAGGAAGUGAGAUUCAAAUUCAAGGCUAUCAUUUCUGCUCGGAUCAGGAGGGAAAAUGUUAACGCACCUGUGAUUUCAUGCAGAUCACAAACAGACCCUCAUUUUCAUUAAAAACCAUGAGUUGUUUUUUUUUUUUGUAUGUGUAAUUGUUUUAAUAAAUACGGUUUUAUACAGAAA